CCCCGGAACCCCUUUCCCAGGCGCGCGCUCUCCGCUGGAAGAGGCGCAGAGACGCUUUCCCCGGGAUCUUAAGUUGGGGGGAGGCUCGCCGGGGGGCUCACUUGGCCUCAACGCCCGGGGCGCGGAAAAGAGACAGUUGGCAAAGAGAGCGGACUGCGUGCGGGGUCAUGGCUUAGGCCCUCCGGCUACGGCCCGGCCGCGAUGUCCUCUUUGCCCUGCCCCCUCCCUGGCCUGGACGCCUCCAAAGCGGUCUUCCCGGAUAUCGCCCCCGUCCCAUCCGUAGUGGCUGCCUACCCGCUAGGCUUGUCCCCCGCAACCGCAGGCGCCUCGGAUUUUCCCUACUCGGGGCCAUACGGUCACCUCCUGGCCUCUCCCUACCCCUCCGGACCGACGACGCCCGCAGACGCCUACCUGCCCUGCCAGCAACCCGCGGCGCCCGCUCCGCCCUCUCAGCAGCAGCGGGAGGCAGACUCCGAGAAGCCGCCGCCGUCCCCGGAGCCCUCGGAGCGGCUCCCGCGGGCCCCGACCAAAAGGCUGCGCAAGCCGAGGACCAUCUACUCGAGCCUGCAGCUGCAGCACCUGAACCAGCGUUUCCAGCACACGCAGUACCUGGCGCUGCCCGAGAGGGCCCAGCUGGCUGCACAGCUCGGCCUCACCCAGACCCAGGUAAAGAUCUGGUUUCAGAACAAACGUUCCAAAUACAAGAAGCUCCUGAAGCAGAACUCUGGGGGGCAGGAAGGGGACUUGUUCGGGAGGCCCUCCUCCCUGUCUCCCUGCUCCCCACCCCUGCCAUCCCUCUGGGAUCUCCCCAAGGCAGGGGCCCUGCCUGCUGGGGGCUAUGGCAACAGCUUUGGAGCCUGGUAUCAGCAUCACUCCCCAGAUGUUCUGGCUCCACCUCAGAUGAUGUGAGCCUGGGCAAAAGGUGGGUCGGGCCCCUAGCCCUCCUACAAAGCCCAGGACCCGGCCCAUCGGCACCUCUUCUGGGCUGGGAGGAAACCAGCUCCAGGUGGAUUUUCUCAGGAUGACGAGGAACUAGAGGAGAAAAAGGAUGAGAUGGAGUCCUGUCCCCCUUGGCCCCAUAACCCAAGGAGCCCGAUAAAGAACUUCGGUCUUAGCUACUGCUCCUCACCACUACCAUGGACUGAACACCUUCCCUUCAGCUGACCAGAGGCUCUGGAGAGAGUCGUUGGCUGGAGUUCAGACUGCUCCCAGGACCCCUUGUCUUGCCACCCCUUCCUUGAGGGACCACAGUCCCACUGCAGUCUGGAGUCAAAACCAGCAAGAUACAGUGAGUGAUUUUAAUCGGUGUGCCUUGGGCCUUGCCCAACCAAUUUGAGAGCAAGAGCGGGCGUGAGGUGGGCAUCCAGUCUUUAAGUUGACCACCACCAUCAGGUCCCACCUCCCAGUGUUCCCUGGAGGUCAGCCCAUCACCCCAUGACUGAUAUACCUUCUCACCUUCAUGAGAGGGAGAGGAAUGCUGAAAAUGUGGAGCUCGUCGGCCUAUGGAUAAUUUAUGUUCUCUUCCUUAAAAAGCCCUCUUUCCCCCCUGUUUACAAUUUUGAGUAGAUAAUGGAUUCAAUUAUCCUUAUAAUUCAAUGAGUAUUUAUUGAGCCCUGCCUCAGACCUAACAACGCCACGUGCACACACUCUUGGGAACAAGGUAGGGUACCACUUUGGGCAGAAUGGGGACAAAUAGGCUCCCUGGGAGAGUGUAAGUAGAGACACCCCAAAUGGGUGGGGUGGGCCCAACAAUUCCGCUCCUCACAGCUGUCUCUGUCUAAAUGAAAUACAUUGAUAACCAAUCGGACUAGCAUCCCCAUGCUCUUGCCAGCAUCCCUCAUACUGUGACUUCCAGAAAUUAAAGUUUGUA